CCGCCAUUAUCCCGUCCCUCGCGCCAGCGGAAGGAAGGAAAGGGAAUGGAAAUGAACGGUCGGAACGGACGGGGAAAUAGAUGGGCCAAUCCGGCGCGCAAUGGGCCCGUACCGAGCGAGCAGCAUGGAUGAUGGGCCGAGGCCUGCCGUGUCGCCGUGCGCGCGGGGGUCCGAGCCGAGCGGCCGGGAGAGUUCCAGAGAAAUCGGUCCCCAUCGAGAAGACGGAAGCCGAUGAGGACGCCACCGCUGUGCCGCGCGGCCGGACCUGUCCGCAUUCGCCAGUUUGUCUCUGACACGCACUCGAGGAAGAGAAAGCCAACGAGCGAGCGCUCACCGCACCGCACCGCACUCGAGACCCGAGCACAGGCUAACCGCGACACCGUAGCCCGGUGGUGGUUCCGCCUCGCUUCGCCGGCGGCGUCGUGGGAUUGCGAUUCGGGAGCGGGAGAGGUCCGGGAUGGCCGGGGAUCGGAUGAGCUGGGCGAGGCUGCUCAAAUGGAGCCUCUCCUACAUGGGCGGCGCGCGGCCUUCUCGCGACAUCAGCGAGGAGGAGCGGAGGUGGCUGGCGGAGGCGGUGGAGCGGCACAUGGCGGAGGACGUGGUGGGCCGCCUGAGGGAGAUCGCGCUGCUGAUGAGAACCCCGCUCUCCGUCCUGGAGGCGCAGGGCAUCACGCCCGAGGACAUCGAAGAUUUGCUUGCAGAGCUGCAAGUACAUGUCGAGUCUAUCGACAUAGCAAAUGAUCUGCAUUCUGUUGGUGGCUUGGUUCCAGUUAUUAGGUACCUCAGAAAUACUAAUGCACGCAUCCGAGCCAAAGCAGCUGAUGUGGUAACAACGGUUGUUCAGAACAAUCCUACUAGCCAGCAGCUGGUCAUGGAAGCUAGUGGUUUUGAGCCACUUGUAUCCAAUUUUACAUCAGAUCCUGAUCUCACUGCACGCAUAAAGGCUCUUGGUGCACUAUGCUCCUUGAUCCGGAACAACAAACCAGGAGUUGCCGCAUUUUGUCUAGCCAAUGGAUAUGCAGGACUGCGAGACGCUUUAAGUUCAGAGAGCGCAAGGUUUCAGAGGAAAGCACUAAGCCUGACUCAUUAUCUACUCAGUGAAAGCCAUUCCGAUUGCUCGGUAUUUGCACAGCUUGGGUUUCCUCGUCUUAUGAUGCGUCUGGUAUCCAGUGAUGACUCUGGUGUUCGAGAAGCGGCACUAGGAGGCCUGCUUGAGCUUGCAAAGGACACAACGCUGGGAAACAGGAGUUUACUAGCAGAGCAGGACAGGCUACGGCGGCUUCUCUGGGGGCGUAUACAGAGCAUAAGGAUGAUGGCUCCUGAGGACCUUGAUGCCGCACGAGAGGAAAGGCAACUCGUUGACUCAUUGUGGAUUACAUGUUACCAUGAGCCGUCCACGCUUCACCGGGAAGGACUUGUUGUUCUGCCUGGGGAGGAAUCCUUUGAACAACCUCCUGAUGUGGCUGGUAGAUUCUUCGAGCCACUGCGCCGGGCUCCAUUGCAGAGGGCACCUCCUAGUCCUGAUGAGAGAUUAGAUCCAGGAAAUGGAAUCAUGGGAGGAAUUAUGCUGCUUCUAGGUCCAGCACCGGGUAACUCGGAGUAAUUGAUCAUCCUGAACUGGGCACCUACGUGAAGACUAGAGACUAGGAGUUUGAUGUCCUUUAUUUAUAGCUAGGAAUAUCAGGGCUAGUUCUAUCAAGUUUGUAAUUCAAGUCAAUAAUCCGAGUCUGAAGUGGUAUGUUGUUGUUGAGUGUUGUGUAUAAUUUGCGGUCUGCAAUAACGUCAUCCUAUGCUCGAGUAUGUGUAUGUAAUUGUAAUGUGUUAUCUAAAAUAUUGACAGUCGUAUGUACUAUAUGAACCAUCAUUACCGAUAAA